AUGGCUGCUGUAGAUUUCCGCGUGAGUGCCGAUGGCACCACUGUGAUGUCGGACUACCACAUCUGUAAGUAUGACCCCAUUUUAGGGGUAUUCAUUUUUGUCGGCAGUGAGGCAAGCGUUCUGGUGGUUGGAAAGGACCUGACGCGUCGGCUUCUUCCGUUGAUGCAUCACGGCACGCACUGGUUGGAUUGCUUUAUUUACGCCGGGACGACCACCUUCCUGCUGCUCGCGCCGGAGGCGUUAGUUUGCGCGGAUUACGGCACCCGAGGGGAGGAUUCCAUGCUCUCCUCACCCAACCACACGGCCGCCUUCACCUGCCUCCACCUGCCGACGGGCCUCACAUGUGGGGCGGUUGGCCACAAGAACGGCAUCGUCUCGUACUUUCAUCUGCAGCCCGCGGCGGACGAAACGAGGAAGCGCUCGCAGAUCGCGUGGACUGCCGUCUCGACCAACGUGCGUGAGCUUUGCGCGCCCUUUGUGGAGGAUGUCGGCGCUCUAGGAGGAGGUCCGUCCAAUGAAGCGGCGGAGAGGUUUUUCGUGCCGGGUUCCGUGCUUUCGAUGGAUUCCUACCCCGAGAACCCCAAUGCUUUCGUCGGGGUUGUGGCCGGGGUACCCGGGGUUUGCAAGUGGUACGUGGAUGAGGGACGUUUAAGCUGCUUCUUUGACGCUCGCUGCCUCGCCGUCCAGACAGGCGGCAUCCUUGUUACCUGCAAAAUCACCCCGGGCGGUAUGUAUGUAGUGGCGGCUACACUUUAUGCUACCAAAGUUAUCGUAUGGUGUGAUAAGACGAAGAAGCGCAACAAGAUCGUCGAUUUGUACUGGACCGUUGAUCUGAGCGAGAGCAUUACGAGGGGGGUUCAACAAAGUUCCUCUAGCGAUCCCUUUUGGUAUAACGAAUAUCGUGUUGGCAUUCACAUGGCCCGCGCCACUCUCGAUGGGGUUCCCUCUACCGACAAGCACAGUCAUAUGUACUUGCUGAUUCACGGCCAGAGCGAUAUCGUGGAGAUUGUCCUUUGGCUUGAGUUAAAACAGGUGGUGCGACGGGAGCAGGUUAUCGCGUACCUGAACGCGUACACCGCCGCGACCGGCGACGUGGCAGCAGCAAGGGAGCAGCCUCAAAAAGCACGGCGUUGCGCCGACGACGCCGAUGCGGAGGGCUACUUCAAGAUUUUCCAUGUUGAACCCUGUGCGAUAUCUAAGUACUGGGCUAGCACGUUGACAUAUACUGACUUGCAAGCCCUCCUGAUCACGAGCUCUAGUGGCUUAAAGCCCAUUCUUGCCAAGCGAAGUCAGGAAACGGGUGGGAUCGAGAGUUUGCAGGAGAUUCGAGAGCUAAGUGCGUCCGCCGCGUGGUUCCCGCGCGCCAUCCUGCUACGUUUGCCCGCGAUCCACACCCGCGCGCUGGCCGCAGAGCUCCAGCGCGUCCCGCCGCACUCCUUAUGGGAGCAGCUCCUCCGCGGCGGCGACGCGUUGCUACCGCAGGCGUUGAGCGAAACCGAGGCGUGCGAUUCCGCCGGGCAUUCCCGGACUCCGCUGUGGCGUGGAGUGAUUUUCGCAACGGUUACGGACGCCGCACAGGCGGUCUGUUUAUCCCCCCAAACAAACGAGAUCUUCGCCGUGAACUCGACGGUGUUGCAGAACUGCACGCCAUGGGAGACUCUCGCGAUGGCGCAGGACGCCGCGACGCUGGUGCUGGAGGAAGCCCUGCCGGCCCUGGAUGUUGCGUUUUUGCCGAACGAGAUCAUUCUCCGUGUGUACUCGACGGAGUCGAGCGUUAUGGCGAUGAAAUUUGACAUUCGCCGAAACGGUGGCGCGUUGUUGUGGAAUUUGGACAGUGCGGCGCUCCAUUUGGAAAGCAGCACUAGGUCAGACUCUCGUUUGGUAAAGGAGGCGAUCGUCGUCGACGCUCACCUGGAGCCGUCAUCAACCAACUCGGUGAUGUCAAUUUAUCAGACCGGGAAGAGCCUGUUGUUGCUUCUAAAAGACUCCUCCAUCGCGUUGGUGGAUUUAAGCGGCGCGAAGAGUGAGGAUGGGAAGCCGUUCAUGAUUCUUAUUCCUCCUGAACUAACACCAGCUGACACCACAAGUGUGUGCAUAGAGGCUUUUUGGGCUUCCAACGCCUCCGCUGGCGCGGCUGUGGAUGGCAAAAUCUUCUGCGUAGUUUGCCUCUUCGCGGACGGCAAGGGUUUUUUGGUGUUUAAUCUAAGCAACAUGCGCAUCGUCACAUAUCAGCAGCCAUCCUAUUUACUAAAUGCGACUGAAUUAAGGGUCACAAAUGCGCUAACGCCCUUGCUGCCUAACUUUUGUGAUGAGAUUCAAGAGUUUGAAGUCACCCUAGAAGCUGCUAAUAUACCAGAUGAAGUGGGUGAGUAUGGCGAGGUCGUGUGCAGUGAUGCCCUUGGGGUGCGUGUUUUCACCCUCAUGAUUGGGUUUGGCCUUUCAGCGGAUGACGGCGGCUGGUGUUUUAGGGUAAAACACGCUCCAUUGAAAUCUGAGAAAGGUCCUAAAGGGGCGUCGGGAUGGGUCUCCAUUGAUUCUUCGGCCUCCGUGCUCCAGAUUACAUUUAACAUCAGUGCGGAUGGCACUACGUUGGACUGGCUUGUGGGUGGUCACACCGGUGAUGCGCAGCCAGCCAUACAGUUACCAGGAACGAUUGUGGAUGUAAGCGCGCGCUGGCAUCUUGGAAGAGCAGAGUUUUCCUACUCCACACCAACAGGGGAUUUGUGUAGUCAACUACUCAACCCAGACUUGUUCCCAGCCAACUGCAACCUUUCUGAGAAGACUUCCGGUGGACCGCGCAAGGAAUGUUCACCAAUCACAAUUGCUUUCAUCAGCAGAAGUGAGAUCACCCUGGUCGACGUGACGGCUUUAUUGGCUGCGCAGACGAGUUUCCCACUUGGAUGUGAGAAUGCCAGUAACAACAGUUCGUUUUCUUCAGGUGGUUUGCCCACGCCAGUGGUAUGUCGCAUCGACCCGGCCCGUAGGUUGGACUCUUUCCACGUUUUGCGCAGGCGCGGCGCUUUGCUUGUGAUUACAUGUGAUACUAACGGCUGGCGUUGGAUCAACAUUCUUGAUAGCCAAACGGCAAAGCCGCGGAUGCAAGGCCACGCCACGUUGGAUUUCGUCGGUGAGGAACACCUUCAUGUCCUCACGGUAGAAAUCAACAACGUGUUGCACCUCUACAUGCUGGGGAUGGAUAGUGGGGUGAUGGGACACUUUUGCAUCGAGACUACGCUUGGUGCGUGCAACAAAAGCAUUAUAAUUGAGCGGGAAGUAUUCCCUAAGCCAAGGUAUCAAACAGUUCCGUCUAACUACUGCGCCUACGCCCGCUUCAUCCCACCAAUACCAACCUUAAAGCAAGAGAGGGGCUUCUUCGAGCGCCUCCUGACGGUGCCUUGGGAGGAUGUCGCACAAAAGCUCGAAUUUGAGACAUUCCACCGUGUUCAAUCAUCAACGUCGGAAGCCCCUCGAGGGAGUUCUGAUCGCGCGGUACGAUCAUCAAAAGCGAAACCCAUCACAAAACCACGAACCGAAAUACAGGCAUCUAGAGAGGAGCUCGAUGCCUCGAACCGAGCCCAACAGCAGCAGGAAAUUCGUUUGAAGGAACGAGAGGAGCUGCUGCAAUCCAACGCUCGGGCGACGUCAGACUCUGCUCCGCCAGCUGGGAGUCGUUAUCUCCAGCUAAAAGCAAUUGCGAAACGCGAAAAUGUGAGUUUGACAGAGGCAAGGCGGCUCAUGAGCGAAGGAAUGCGUAAACUUCAAGAGCGAGGUGAAAAAUUAAACCAAAUAGAGAGUAGAUCGAGAGAGCUGGCGCAAAGCGCGCUUACCUUUCAGCAGUUAGCAACCCAACUGAAAGAAAAGACUAGGAGUAGCUGGCUCUAA